GUUUUCAGAAAUGUUCAGUCACGUUGAAACCUUGAGUAAGUGAGGAUGUCAGACCGUAAUCCUGGAUGUGACCUUGAUUUAGGAUGGGUGAACAGUGUGCGGAUAAAUUUACCAUCCGUGAAGAGACGUGCAGAGACCCUAGGCACUAAACGCACCGUCAAGAAGCAGUGGCAGGCAGCCUGGCUUCUGCGGGCAAUCACCUGCAUUGAUCUUACCACACUCUCAGGAGAUGACACAAAUGCUAACGUUCAGCGACUGUGUCACAAGGCAGCUCGUCCUGUGCGUCAUGACAUCAUCAAGGCCUUAGGUAUGGAGGAUGCAGGUGUCAUAUGUGGUGCAGUGUGCGUCUACCCGAGCCGUGUUGCUGGGGCUGUGAAGACAUUGGAGAAGAUUGGGGCCGACAUCCCUGUGGCUGCUGUUGCAACUGGUUUUCCAUCUGGGCAGUAUGCACUCAGGUCACGAGUGGAGGAGAUCGAGAUGGCAGUUGCAGAUGGUGCAAAGGAGAUUGAUAUUGUUAUAAAUAGGGAAAUGGCACUAACUGGCAACUGGAAAGGCCUGUAUGAGGAACUGAAGCAGAUGCACAAGGCCUGUGGAGAGGCACACAUGAAGGCCAUUCUUGCAGUAGGAGAUCUUGGAUCAAUGAACAAUGUAUACAAGGCUUCUCUUGUGGCCAUGAUGGCAGGAGCUGACUUCAUCAAGACAUCCACAGGCAAGGAAGGUGUCAAUGCCACACUGCCAGUUGGAGUUGUCAUGUGCCGGGCCAUUUGGGAGUACUAUGAAUGUACAGGACACAGGGUUGGGUUCAAGCCUGCAGGUGGAAUUCGAGCAGCCAAGGAUGCCCUCGUGUGGCUCGUUCUCAUCAAGGAAGAGCUCGGAGAUGCUUGGCUCAACAACCACAUGUUUAGGAUUGGUGCCUCUGGUCUUCUGGCUGAUGUUGAGCGACAACUUUUCCACUACGUUUACGGUCGUUACGCUGCAGUGUCUGAGCUUCCUAUGGCCUAAUAUUUGACAGAUUUGUAAGGAUUGAUGUUACAAGUUAAUUAAGUAUUACUUCAUCGUUAUUACAUUGUCUUAAUGAAAUUGAGUUCCUUCAUGUAGGUUUUAGUUUUAUGUUUUUUGUGCAUUCCAUUUCUCUCUCUUCAGGAUAUACUGGGGGACAGUUUUGCUAGAUGGACUUUUUGUAUUUGUUUUACAGGUCAUAGAAAUAUGAUAACCAAAAAAAAUAUAUAUUGUAAUACAUGUGCCAUUAUGAAAUCUAUUCUCCAAAUUGAAA